AUGGCUCUCAAGAGGAAGUUGGAACUCGAGGCUGUCGAUGCUCCGAUUAGUGUGAAGCAGCCCAGACUCAUUCCCUUCCCCAACACUGAAAUGGACACAGACGUUGUUAUGUCCGACGGCUCCAUCUCUGACCUCGAACCCCUCUAUCUCCCUGUUCACAGUCGUCUCCCGUCGAACGCAAGCUGCUCAUCGUUGUCAAGCGCGUCUGACUCCCCGCAGGAUUCGCCCAUCUAUCCUGCCUUCGAUCUGUACCCUCACGACGCGUACAGCUACAUGGACGCGAACUUCCAUGUCCAUUCGCCAUCUAACGUGAUGCAGAAAUCCGUCGGCCUCCUUCAGCCAAAAAAUGCCGCGUUGACGCAUCAUGGGCAAAACUGUUCGCAAAUUCCCAAACUUCGUAUUGCCUGUUCGCCUGGACUUAACGGACAAAGGACCAUGUGGGCAUUCUGCGAGCAAUGCGGCGCUAUCGAGAUGGUCGACACCGAUUAA